AUGAGUUCUCCCCCCAAAGCUGUCUUGUACACGUUUAAUCUCAGUGUGUGGGCUGCGGCUGCUGAAUGGGCCGUUCAAGAGAAGGGAUACGGAGAAGACGAGUUGGAAUUCCGCACUGUUGACGUUGUAAAGGGCGAAUCCUUUGCGCCUUCGUUUUUGAGAAUCAACCCCAAGGGGACGAUUCCAACGCUCGUUGCGCCGUUGUCGAAUACAUUGGAUGCGGCGUCCGAAACCAAGUAUAGGGCGUUGACUGAUACAGUGUCUGUACUGGAUUUCCUGGACAAGUCUCGCUCGAAUCUAUCCAAAACGCACACGACAUCCCAGAAACCCGCCCCGGUCCUGUCGCCCGCAACAGUCGAAGCAUCCGGUCUAUCCACCACCCUCAUCAACCUCGUUCACUCGCCAGAGGUCGACCCGAAUUUCUUGAUGAUCACCACCAAAGACGAGGGGGAGCUCGCUGAAAAGUCGGCCGGAUUCGUGGGCAAGACGUUUGUACUCGGACGGGCCAAGGCGAUGGAAGAGUACCUCGCGACCGAAGACUUGAUCCCAAAGAUCAAGAAGAUUUUAGAGGAGAAAAAGGCGCAGCAGGCGCCGCUUGUGAGGUUGUUCUCCGGACAGGCGAGUAAAGAGGAGAAGGAGGGGUAUUUCGCCAAGUCCAAGGGGGCGUGGGAAGUAUCCCUUCCUAAAGCGCUUGCGACUCUGGAAGAUAGCAUCGUUGGCCCGUAUACCCUAGGCGACCAGCUUUCUCUCGCGGAUCUGCACGUUGGCGUCUGGCUCGCGCGAAUCGUCAUGCUCGCAGCCGGUGAAGAGGCAGCAAAAGAUCUCAAAAAGUUGCCUGAAUUGCUGAGCACGCUGGCCAAACCGAUCAACUCGGCGGAGUUCAAGGUCGGGCCCAAGGUGACCAAGUUCUGGAACGAGAUCAUCGCGAGGGACGGGUUCAAGAAGGUGUAUGAGGCCGGGUUGCACUAG